AUGAAAAACGGAACCCUUUAUAUCUUUCUGUUAAAAGGGACGUACGCAUAUACGGCCGAUAGAAAUUGGGAAAACGAUGUGGAGGUAAAAAGAUCUGGUUGUAACCCGAACAUUACGCGUGACAUUGCUUAUCAACUUAUCAAUGGAGAAACAGGGAGAAAUUUCAACGUCAUAUUAGGAGGUGGAAGGAAGAUGUUUCUGCCAAGGGGACAAUUUGACGAACAGGGCCAGGAAGGGAGUAGAUUCGACGGGCUUAAUCUGAUAGAAAAAUGGAAACAAUUCAAAUCGAAGACUGGCAAAUCCGAGUACGUUUGGAACAGGAACCAACUCGUCAAGUUAGGCGAAGUGCAAAAUUUACUGGGGCUUUUUACUGACAGUCACAUGAGUUUCGAUUUGGAUCGCGAUCCAAAUGUAGAACCGAGUCUGACAGAAAUGACUCAAGCAGCUAUAAGCGUCUUGUCAAAAAAUGAUAACGGAUACUUUUUGUUUGUGGAAGGUGGAAUGAUAGAUCAAGCCCAUCAUCUGACUUACGCCCAAAAAGCUCUGGGAGACACCUUGGCUUUUGCUGACGCAGUACAGAGGGCAGUUGACAUAACAGGAAGCACCUUAGCCAAUGCGUUGUUGAAAUAUAGUGUUUCCCUGCGUGAUACCACCAGAGCCGGACUGAUCCUUGAAUGUACUUUAAAUGUGAUUUCCUCGUCGAACUACUUAAAAAAGUUGGACAAUUCGAUAGAAGAAGUGAAUCCACCAACACAACGCUUUAUGGCUAAGAAGCUCGAAGUCAGCCGUGUACAUAGGGGAGAUUUUGGGGGUUUAAACACCCUGCCCCGCUUUGUAAAUAUCCUCAGCACGAUUUUACCAGCGGCUUUGGUCGCGUUGAUGUCCUAA